UUUUCAAAUAAAAUAAUAAAUAACUAGUUACCAUAUCAAGUCUUCCUCCACAAGUUUGUUUCUCAUUUUGCCGCUGGUUUCUUCCGUUUCCGCUUCGCAUGAUGGAAGCUAAUUACGUAUCGCGAGUGUUUCGCGGUGUUCGUUUUGUUCUCCGUGGCUUCAAUCCCGCCGCCGAAAGCCAGAUCCGGUUUAAGCUUGAGGAUGGCGGUGGACUUGAAGCAGGGCAGUACGGUGGGAGUUGCACGCAUGUCAUUGUCGAUAAGAUUGCUUAUGACGAUCCUCUGUGUGUUGCUGCUAGAAAGGAUCGGAAGACGCUCGUCACUGCACUCUGGGUUGAUCACAGUGCUGAUAUCGGAAUGCCCAUUGAUGCUUCUUCGGUUAUGUAUAGACCUCCUAAAGACUUGGAUGGAAUACCAGGUGCAAAAGAUUUGAUAAUGUGCUUGACUGGUUAUCUACGCCAGGAUCGGGAUGACAUUAUGACCAUGGUCGGCCUGAUGGGUGCGAAGUUUUCUAAACCAUUGGUAGCAAACAAGGUUACUCAUCUCAUAUGCUAUAAAUUUGAAGGAGAGAAGUAUCUGCUUGCCAAGAGAUUGGGCACAAUAAAGCUAGUCAAUCAUCGUUGGUUGGAAGAUUGCUUGAAGGAAUGGGUGCUUCUUCCUGAAGACAAAUAUAGCAAGAGUGGUUACGAACUAGAAAUGACGGAGGAAGAGGCCAAGGAUUCUGAGGAAGAGGGUGAAGAUUCUAAGCUGGGACAAUCAGGUGGGAGAAAUAUACAACAAAGCUCCCUUGGUUCAAAAUUUGGGCAUGCUGGAACUCAUGGAUUGUUGAAAUCAGUAAAAGAGGCAUCGAGCAACUUACCAGAUUCUACUGGUCCACGGGUUUUGCCAAAUUUCAAUAAUGGUGAAGACUCUUUAACCAUUCCCGGAAACAAGAGAAAAUCUGAUCAAGCCUCUAGCUUUUAUAAUGUUGAUGACUCAAGGAUACGCUAUCAGACUCCUGAUGUUUCUAAAUUACCUGACAAAUAUACAAACACCACUGAGUCUAAGAAUGCUGAUUUUCCAAAGGCACUUGGCUGCCAGGACCCUGGCAAUACGGCAAAUACUAAAUCAUCUGUUCAGCAGUCCGGUCUGCAUGGUAACACUACGGAGUCUAAGAAGUUGGUAAGUGAAUUGACAUCAACAUCUGCAAGUGCAGCUGGAGUUGCACAUUCAAAUGAAAAGCUUAGAAUCACAAGUUAUUCUAUAGAGAACCAAAGUGAAUUUUCUGUCCCAAGGAUAUUAGACGGAAGCUCCGGCAUAGAAGGCAACAAAUGUGAAAACAGUAAGAUUGACGAGGCAAUUGGGUUUAUGAAAUCUACCAGUUUUGAAAUUUCUGGGAGAGGAAAUGAUUUUACUAAAGAGGAUGAACCAAUUAGUUUAUUGUCUCAAAAGAGGAUAAAUGAACCUUCUUUUACGAAAUUAAAAUCAAGAAAGGUGUCUUCUGAUGCAAAAGUCUCCACCCAAUCAGCAAAUGGUAAACCUCAAGGAUUAAAAGUGACGUCUCAGGUUGAUGAGCCACCCAAAGCCGGUCCUAACACCAACUCACUGGCAUUUGAUGAGCAUUUCUCAAGAAAUCCCAGCCCAGAAUCUGCACAGUGGGAUAGUGUCUAUCAGAAUAGUCCACAAACAGCUAUUCGGAGCUUAAGUGAGUCUAAAAUUAGUGGCAAGCCUGAUGUCACAAGUUCUGGAAUGCGAGAAGUUGGUGGUAAUGAAAUCGGGCUGCAUAUUACCAAAAGUCUUGAUUCUUCAUCAAAGGGAAACAAAAUCUCACAUAAUGUGGAAUCCGGUGGUUGUACUAACUUGGAUUUAAGCAAUGAAGAAUGUAAUAAACUGGUUAGAAAAUCACCCACAAAGAAGUCAGUUGUCAAGGGAAUUUCGGGUUCUAAACCUAGAGUAGGUGCCACUGCUACACAUAAAAGAUCACUUUCCUUGAAUAAAACUAACCUUGGUGAAGGUGUAGCUUUAUGCAGCGAAAGCGAAGAGAUUUGUGAUGCGAAGAUGCAUCAGGGUUGUCACCAAAACCGGGAUAUUAACAAAACGAUGGAGCAAGAUGCAGUAUGUAAAAAUGCAAAUGAUGCUUCUGACAGAGCUGAGUUCUUGACGGAUGAAACAGAGGCUCCAGAUGAUAAAUAUGAAUUUGAGUUUGGAAUGGCACUAAAUAAAGAAUCAGUCCAUGCUUCGGAAAAGCCGAAUAGAGCAACAAAAGAGAAGUCAGAAGCAAUUUGCCGUGCAACAAAAUGUGAAGAGGCAAAUCCUCCUAAGAGAGGCACAAAUAAAGCAGAAAUACAGAAAACGUCUUCGCUGUUAGUAAAGACUCAAGCAAGAGAAUGUGCUGCUGGUAAAGCCAAUGCCACAGUUAAUAAAUACGUAGGCGAUGCUGGUGACAGAACUGAGACUUUGGAUGAUGAAACCGAAGAUCCAGAUGACAAACUUAAAAAUGUGUUAGGAGUGGCACCUGAAGAAGAAUUGGUUUAUCCUUCCAAAAAACGAGAUAAAUCCACUAAGGUUCACCCUUCAAGAAAACAAGAUAAAUCUACAGAAGAGAAGCCAGAAGCAAUUUGUCCCGCGCCAAAAUGUGACGAGGCAAUGCCUCCUCAAGGUGUCACAAAUAAAACCGAAAAACAGAAGCCAUCUUCACUGGUAGUAAGGAAACGUCCUGCUGGUAAAGCCAAGGCCACAGUUGCCAAGCAUUUAUCGAAACCUAAAGUUGUAGUAUCUACGGAGAAGAUUCCUAAUGAAACGGGGCACGAGGCAGAGAUAGAAACUGUGGAAGAAAUGCCCUCUUCUGCUGAUAAACGUGACAAGUCGGCCUUAGCAAGAAAUAAGUCAGAGACUUUAGCUGAAGACGAGAAGGAGAAUAGACCAAUUGAUUUAAUGCAGGAUCCUGUGAAGGGUAGAAGCAAUGGCAAAUCAACCAAUAAAUCUAAUGUAAGGCGAACAAAUAUCAAGUCGACUAAAGUGGGGCCCAUUUCAUCUAUAUCAGAAUCUAACACGAGAGUAAAAACUGAAGCGGCAUAUUUUAUAUUAAGCGGUCACCGUCUACAGAGAAAAGAGUUUGAGCAAGUAAUCAAGCGCUUAAGUGGAAGGGUUUGCGGGGUUUCUUCUCACAAGUGGUCAUAUCAGGCGACACACUUCAUAGCUCCAGACCCCUUACGCAGGACUGAGAAAUUCUUUGCUGCGGCUGCAUCAGGAAGGUGGAUUCUGAAUACGGAUUACCUAACUGCCAGCAGUCAGGAAGGAAGACUCUUGGCGGAGGAGCCGUAUGAGUGGCACAGGAAUGGUCUCAGUGAGGAUGGAGCAAUCAAUAUGGAGGCUCCGAGAAAGUGGCGGCUAGUUAAAGAAAAAACAGGUCAUGGCGCCUUCUAUGGAAUGCGUAUUGUUGUAUACGGUGAUUGCAUUGCUCCGCCUUUGGAUACUCUUAAACGUGUCAUCAAAGCUGGCGAUGGAACAAUAUUAGCCACUUCUCCUCCUUAUACAAAAUUCAUUGGGACCGGAGUCGACUAUGCUGUAGUUAGCCCUGGCAUGCCACAUGUUGAUAUCUGGGUCCAAGAGUUCUUAAAACAUGAGAUACCUUGUGUUGUAGCGGACUAUUUGGUUGAGUAUGUUUGCAAGCCCGGGUUCUCCCUCGGGAAGCAUGUGUUAUACGGCUCUCAUGUUUGGGCAGAAAAAUCCUUUGAUAAACUUAAAAGCAAAGCAGAAGAGAUUGUUGCUCCUGAGGAUUUGAGUAGUGAUGAUGAUGAUGAUGAUGAUAAUGAUAAUGAUAAUGAUAUAAUUUGCCAAGUGUGUGGAUCCCGCGACAGAGGAGAUGUAAUGCUGAUUUGUGGUGAUGAAAGUGGUUCUGUUGGGUGUGGAGUGGGUACCCACAUCGAUUGCUGCGAUCCUCCGCUAACAGACGUCCCUGAGGACGACUGGUUUUGUUCAAAAUGCAGUACCACCCGAAACUCCUCAAACAAUCCCACUAAAAGGAAAAAGAAUGUUUUAUCAUAAGCUAAGACCAAGUGAUUGUUUUACCUUUGCACCUUCCUUUCUAUGUCUUUAGUUGUCAUCUACACAACAAUAAUGCUAAUGUAUAAUCAUUUGUAAUUAACAAAAUUAACUUAUUUCAAACAUGUUUUUAUCGACU